AUGGACUCAGAUAUACCUACAACCUUGACGGUGUCCGAGGUUCUCGCACAAGAGGAUCAGAAAGGGCUCGGAUUGACGCCGGCGCUGGUCAGGCUCUACCUCGUUCUUGCCCCGGCCACUCUGGUGGUCUGCGCCACGAACGGCUUUGAUGGUUCCGUCCUCAACGCCCUUCAAGGCAUUGACAAGUGGAAGAACCAGUUUGGGAAUCCGAACGGCCCAUUGCUCGGGAUAACGAGCUCGGCAUAUGCGCUCGGCGCGAUAGGGUCGACGCCGUUUUCCGCCAUCGUGUCUGACCGCUUUGGCCGGCGAUGGUCCAUCUUCAUCGGCAGCAUCAUCAUGAUGCUCGGCGUCGUCUUGCAGUGUGUUAGCAGUAGCAUUGGCCUGUUCAUCGGCGGUCGUGUCGUAAUCGGCUUUGGCAUCAGUCUGGCCCUGGCUGCUGCGCCGAUCCUUCUCGCAGAGCUCGCCCACCCGCGCCACAGGGUUUUCUUCUCCGCCAUGUACAACUGCAGCUUUGCCCUUGGCUCCGUGCUCGCAGCAUGGGUUGCCUACGGGAGUGUCCAUAUCCCGAGCUCGUGGGCUUGGCGCCUUCCGACGCUCUUCCAGGCAUGUCCGGCGCUCAUACAGACAAGCGCCAUUUGGUUCCUUGACGAGUCGCCACGUUGGCUGUGCUACAAGGACCGAGGUGACGAGGCCUUUGCAAUUCUGGUCAAGCACCACGGUGGUGGCGACCCAAAUCAUCCUUUGCCGAUUGCCGAGUACCACGAGAUGUGCGAAGCGUUGCAGCAAGAGAAGCAGAUGAAGCACAAGGGGCUUCGCUUGUUUCUUCAGACACCCGAGAACCGGAAACGGCUCAUGAUUUUGAUAUCUCUUGCGGUCUUUGGCCAGUGGUCCGGUACCGGUUUGAUAUCCUACUAUCUUCCCAAGAUCCUGGAUAGCAUUGGCAUCACCGGGCAGCAGGAGCAGACACGACUGAACGGGAUCGUCACUACCGUCAACUAUGCCACCUCUUUUUGCGCCGUCAUUUUUGCCACCAAGGUCGGCCGUCGGGUUCUGUUUGUCGGCGGCGGCACCUUUAUGUGGCUGUCGCUCGUUGGCUUCGCGACCUCGGUGGCCCUCUACAACGAACGCAAAACGGUAGGUGCGGGCCGAUCGUCUCUGGGCUUCAUCUUCAUUUUCAACACCGGUUACAACUUCUGCCUCAUCCCGACACUCUAUCUCUACUCGACCGAGAUUCUGCCAUACCGCCUGCGCGCAAUGGGUCUCAGCAUCUCAGUCUUCACCACCAAGGCCUCGCUUUUCUUCAACCAGUUCGUCAAUCCGAUUGGGCUGAGCUCGAUUGGCUGGAAGUAUUAUUUCGUCUAUGUGGGGUGGGUGGCUGUCGAGGUCCUGACCAUGUACUUCUUCUUCCCCGAGACAAAGGGCCAUUCGCUCGAGACAAUGCCUGAGGUGUUUGGAGAGAAUGUCUUGCGCAACAUGGACAAGAAGAUCCUGACGAAUGACGAUGAUGUCCAUGUCGUCGAGUUUGGUAGUAGUCCAAAAGGCGUGGACAAAGCGAAGGGUUAUGCUGAGCAUGUCCAGGAUGUUGCUGUCUAG